UGUUUUGAUUAAAAAGAUAUUAUUACGAGAUAUUCUGAAAUGGAUAAAAUAGAAUAAAACACAUCCGUCAAUCGUCACAAUUGUAAUAAAAUGGAUACAGCCUCCUCAACAAUUAUCUUGUCAAUCUUGCUUUUAUAUUCAGUCACGUUGUUAGGAGCCUACGGCAUUAGCAAAGGUUCGCGGAUCAAUCUUUGCGAUGAGAAAAUGAUUGAUUCAUUUACAACUACGUUUGAUUCUUGUCUUCGCAGAGACAUUCAAAAUAUACAGGAAAACGAAAAUUAUGAACCAUUAUCUGGAUUGGCAGAGGAAUUCGAAACAUGUUUUCAUGCAUCUUACCAAUUACAAUGUCAAUUUCGACAAUGGCUACUGUAUAAAAAUGCUAUGAAAAGUUUCAUAUCUAGUAUGAAGGAUAAAAGUUGGAGAGUUUACAAUUCCUUUACACUGGUUGGAAAAUUCGAAAUAUACAACUGUUUUCUCAGCAUUAAUUUUUCAAAAAUUGAAUUAUGUCUGCCUAGUCUCUAUGGUUACAUUUCUCAGAACACUAUUAAAAAUGCAAAAUUAUCAAAUUACUAUAGAUUUGCCGAUUUAUGCAUAACUAAAAUAUUCGAAUCGUGUCCUGCUAAUUUGAAAAAUACUUUCAAAGAACUAUUGAUGUCAGUCGGAGAGAUCCAAGAGAUAAAAACAGGAAUGACUACGACUAUAAUCCCUGAAAAUACCGAUUUUACGAAUGAACUUUCGCAAGGAUAUCAAACAUCCACGUCAAAUUAUUAUACAAGUACAACGCAUAAGUUUCUUCGAAGCAAAUUUCAGCCAUAUGUUACGGUCCCGAUUAAUACAAACUUAGCUUUGAACAUUCCAGCAAACAUUCCAUCAAAAUUUGCCUUCUCUCCUUAUAUUACAGUUGAUCCGAUUCUUUCUAGACAGAUUUCAACGUCUCCAAACGAACCUUCUGAAAACGGCGUUUUUCCUCAUGUUAAUUCAACAGAUAUAUUUCAUACGAAUGCAAAAGCGAUAAGAAGUACUUCAGAAAUUGAGCCAGUAAAAGUUUCCGAGCAAGUUUUUAAUCCGUAUAUUACACUCCAAUCGAUUACCCAAAUUCCUUCUUAUAGAGGAGCUUUUAAACCGUAUUUGGAUAACUCGAAGUCUGCUACUGAAGCUACGUCAAAAAGUUCAGCUACAGAGACAAUUACAACUGAUCAAAUUACUUAUAGUUCUAGUGUUUUAGUGCCCAACAGUUCAAACACUUCAGGAAACGAUAACUCAGAAAGUUCAACUGUUUCAACAGCAUCUACUAGUGACAUAAACAUAACCACAAAUUUAUUUAAUCAAUCGACACAAACAGAUGAAAAUAAAACGGAACAUCCCACAUUUGUAACAGUCAACAGAACAGAUAUGAAUACAACGAACAGUCAAUUAUCAAUUACCAUUACAGAGAGUCACUCGGUAACUACAGAAACAACUUUAACUCAUCAGCCUUCUCAAGGAAAUGUGACAAUGCAGGAUAAAAGUUCAACGAAAUCUCAAACGAAUUCACACAACGAAACACAAGUAACCAAUUCAACUAAUGUAACAACGGAAAUAUCAGAGAAAAAUAACAAGGGUAAAACAGAAAUUGGACCUCCUGAUCAAAAUGGAACGGUACCACAUAUUAAAAUAGUUACAAAAGAGUCUACAACUGAAAAACAAAUAACAGUUUCCUUAACACCAGAAACACACAAUUCUACAGAAUCUAAGCAAGUAGAAAACACUACGAUAGAAGUUAUAUCUGGAAAUUCAAGCGUCGUUUUAACUCAUUCUGAAUUAAACAAUUCCACUGAAUCUACACAAACGACAAACGCUAAAACUGAAAAUCCAAGUACUGCUGUACACCAUUCUGAAUUAAACAAUUCCACUGAAUCUACACAAACGACAAACGCUAAAACUGAAAAUCCAAGUGAUACUGUACACCAUUCUGAAUUAAACAAUUCCACUGAAUCUACACAAACGACAAACGCUAAAACUGAAAAUCCAAGUGCUACUGUAAACCAUUCUGAAUUAAACAAUUCCACUGAGUCGGGACAGGUUACAAAGACUACAAUAGAAGUUUCAUCUGGAAAUGCAAGCGUCGUUGUAACUCCUUCUGAAUCGAAUAAUUCCACUGAAUCAGGACAUAAUGUAAAUACUGGGAUAAAAAUUGAUACUGGAACUUCAAAUAUCGUUGUAACUCAUCCUACACAGAUGAGUUUUACUGAAUCAGUGACAAACAGUGAGAUAAAAACUGAACUUGGAAAUUUAAGUACCACUGUAAGUCAUUAUGAAUCAAAUAGUUCAACUGAAUCUGGAGAGGCUGCAAAAACUGAGAUAAAAGCUAAUUCUGGAAAUGAAAAUAUCGUUGUAACUCAUCCUGCACCAAAGAAUGCUACUGAAUCCGCAUAAAAAGGAAAUCCUUGCGAUAAAAAUUUUCAGAAUUGAAAAUUCAAGAAUUUCUGAAUCAGAGAAUCCGACAAAUUGUAAUCAAGUAGUAAAAGUAAUGCUAAGACACUUGUAGAAGUUGAAAAUUCAAAUACGAUUUCGCAUCAUUCCGAUUCUGAGAAAUUUCAGUGUCAAAUUUAAUCAAACUGUUCCUGAUUUGUCUCCACAAAUUAAUCAAAUAUAAACAUUUAGAAAAAUAGAAUAUAAAUAUAAAUUUCAUGUUUAGAAUACUGAAAUAUGCGAUUUACUGAAAACACUCAUGCAAACUGGACAACGAGAUAUAAACUGUCAAAAAAUUAGUUACGUUUCUUAUUAAAGUAGAAAGGAUAAUAUAAAUAAUAGCCCGUUUUAGUGUUUUUAAAUGUCUCCAAACAAAACAAAGAAACACUUAUCGUAAAUUUAUCGAAAUUUUUUAUUUAAUUAUUAUUUAAUAAUGUGAUUUUCAAUGGACAAUCUUUAACUACUGUAACUUUUUAUUUUAAUAAAUAGCCUAUUUGUUAACUAGUUGGAUUUGUUUGCAAUAUUUUCUGUAAUAAAAUACUAAUCAGAAAUAUUUUGUAUUAAAGCUCGUUAUUUUAAACUUAUAAGGAACGUCUAAAUCGGUCAUGAGUAACCCGCGAGUUCCCCUUCUGUCUUGGAAGUUUUGUGUGAAAAUUAUUAAGCUAUUGUUCAUCCGCCUGAUUUUUAAUGGCACUUUUCCGGUUUUCUGUUGAACGUGUCUUGUUUAUAGAUCUCCCGCAAGAAAUAUAUUUAUACAAUCAAACCUCGGUUUUCGGAC